CACGGUCCCAAAAGCCCAAGUCUCUGUGAAGAGGAGUGGGGGGACACUUCGGUGGCUUCCCAUCCACACAGAACCCAAAAGCCAUGGAUUAUCCAAUCACCAAUCUCUCCUCUUCAUUCCUUCCCUCCUCCCGCUAACCCAAUCUUUUUCCCCCCCACAUUAAUCCUUUACCAGCAGAAGAGAAGAAUCCAAGAAGCCAUGCUUAUAAACCUCUCGGCAUGCCCGCCAUCAUCAUCUUCCUCCUACUCCUUCACCAGAUUGGUCGGCCCCAAGUCCCUCCUCUCCGAAUGCCCCCUGAAGCCCAGAACCCACUUCUCAAAAUCUCUUCUUGCUCCCUCCCCUCUCUGCUCUCUCUCCUGGGCGCAACCUAAUUCCGACGGCAAGAACAGGGUGUCCUUCGGGAAGGGCGGGUCUCCGCGCGGGAAGAGGCUCGAUUCGAGGGCGUUCGCCGCUCCCGGGUUCGAUUUGGGCAACUUCGAGUCGGUCCUGGAGGCUGCUGGAGUCCUCACCGCCAUUAUCGUGGUACACGAGAGCGGUCAUUUCUUGGCUGCUUAUCUUCAGGGCAUUCAUGUAAGUAAGUUCGCUAUCGGGUUCGGCCCGGUUUUAGCUAAGUUUAACGCGAACAAUGUAGAGUACUCUGUUAGAGCUUUCCCUUUAGGUGGAUUCGUAGGAUUUCCGGACAAUGAUCCUGACUCUGAAAUUCCGGUAGAUGAUGUGAAUUUGCUCAAGAAUAGGCCGAUAUGGGACAGGGUGCUAGUUGUUUCAGCCGGGGUGAUCGCCAAUAUAGUUUUUGCGUAUGUUAUAAUCUUUGUUCAAGUGUUGUCUGUUGGAUUGCCUGUGCAAGAGGCUUUCCCCGGGGUGCUCGUGCCUGAGGUCCGGGCAUUUUCAGCAGCCUCUCGAGAUGGGUUGCUUCCUGGUGAUGUGAUUCUUGCUGUUAAUGGAAAUAAAUUAUCAAGACAAGGGCCAACUGCAGUUUCCGAGCUAGUAGAUGUAAUUAAGAAAAGUCCGAGGAGGAAUGUGUUCCUUAAGGUUGAGAGAGGGAAGGAGGAUUUUGACAUUGGCGUGACCCCAGAUGAAAACUUCGAUGGGACUGGUAAAAUUGGAGUGCAAUUAUCGCCGAAUGUUAGAAUAUUGAAGGCCAUACCGAAAGAUAUUUUCGAAGCCUUUAACUUUACUGGCAAGGAAUUUUGGGGUCUGUCAUCCAAUGUGCUCGACAGCUUAAGACAGACUUUUAUGAACUUCUCGCAAACUGCUGGCAAAGUUUCUGGUCCUGUAGCUAUCAUUGCUGUAGGGGCAGAAGUUGCUAGAUCGAAUAUCGAUGGACUUUACCAAUUUGCGGCUGUGUUAAAUAUAAAUCUGGCAGUCAUAAAUCUACUUCCAUUGCCUGCAUUGGAUGGAGGCACGUUGGCCUUAAUUCUCGUGGAGGCGGCAAGGGGUGGAAGGAAGCUUCCUCUGGAAGUGGAACAGCGUAUCAUGUCCUCAGGAAUCGUGUUUGUCAUAUUCAUCGGGCUAUUUCUCAUUGUUCGGGAUACACUCAACCUUGACUUCAUCAAAGACAUGUUGUGACUGCCAACUGGACCCUUUUGCUGGAAAAAAAUUCCACAUGUAUCUUAGCACAUCGUUGACCUUCUGUUGAUCAUGAUAUCAGGAGGAACGGGAAACAUGAUGUGAGUGGACGUAUCUGGCUCUUUUCUCUCAGGAAGUAAAAGGAAAGAUGGUAUUUGGCUUCUUCCUUUUCGAAGUUUGUACAUCUGCCGCUGUUCUUGGUCAUAGACCUGGAAGGCGUAAUUCUUGUGGAAUUAUAUUUAAAAUACUUGCAUGGGUUGCAUACCCAACAUCCUGUCUAUUCCUUGAUAGAUUCAUGUUAUCUAUACCUCAUUCUAAUGGUCCUGUCUAAUUUGGCUCUUUUGAGACUUCUAUUUGCGUAAGGUGAUUGUUAACUAUUGAUCUUUUGAUUUUA